AUGUCUCGAUUUGUUUAUCCAUUCAUCACUCUAAUCAUCUCUAUUCUAGUCUACUAUUUUUAUUUCCAACUACCUGCUCAAGUAUCUACUACAUCUUCUCCCAUUACUACCACCCAAGAUACAACCCUUCAAGAACAAGUCAUAAUGUCUACAACAACUACUGCUACUACUGCUGCUACUACUGCUGCAGCCACAGUUGCCAAAAACUUUACCAGUCGUCUAAGACCCUUUUACUUUGUCUCCCACGGUGGUCCUACCUUUAUGUACCGUGAUGACAACUUUGGUGAUGCUGGUGCUUGGGAUGUCGUCACUUCAAUUGGCAAAGAAAUCCUCGCUGACCCACCUAAAGCCCUUGUUGUCAUCAGUGCCCAUUGGCAAGAAGAGUCUGGCUCAAAGUUUGGUGCUGCUUUUGACAAAACUACCUUCCCUACCGUUGGUGUAACAUCUACUGAUGGUGAAAAUUCCCUCAUUUACGAUUUCUACGGAUUCCCCGCUCACAUGUACAAGGAACAAUUCCAUAGCAAGGGGGAUAAGGCCCUGGCCAAGCGCAUUGCCGAAAAGCUUCAGCAACCUAAUGACAAUGAGCCUGGAUUUAACGUCAAGCUCCAUGGUUCUAGAGGCUUUGAUCAUGGUCUUUGGGUCCCCCUGCGUAUUGCUUUCCCUGAACAAAGUAUUAAGGACCGCAAAAAUUAUGUGCCUUUCCCAAUUAUUCAAAUUUCCCUGCCAUCAUCUCCUUAUAAUAUGAGAAGUCAUGCUCCUACUGCUGUGGAGUACGAUACCCAAAUCAGUUUCCGUCUCGGCCAGUUGCUUCACGAGCUUCGUGACCGUAAUGGUGAAGACGUUGCCAUUGUCUGCUCAGGAAUGUCCGUUCAUAACCUUCGUGAUCUCUUUUCAAUGGGUGGUCGUGUAGCUCCAUAUGCUUCCAAGUUUGACAAGGAACUCAAGGUUGCAGUUGAAAAGGGACCCACCGAAGGUAUGCUUGAUCGUUUGACAGCCCUUUUCAAGACCCCAAUUACCAAGUCUGCACACCCAACCCUCGAACAUUUGCUUCCUAUUGCUGUGGCUGCUGGUGUUGAUUCUGUUUUCAAGCCCGAAGGUACCACCUUUGAUGAUUCCUUGACCAAGGUUCCUGAAGCUCCAGCCGACCCUGAUGUUCUUGGACCAAUUGAUUUUAAACCCAAGCAAUUGUACUCUAACACACUCUUAAGUUUGGCCUGGGGAAUUUUCAAGUUUGGUCGCAACUAA